AUGUUUUGCAUGGGCCUAGAACGCCAUAUUCUUCUUACGUUUAUACUGGUUGUUGCUGCGGGUGCCGUUGAGGACACAACCUUGCCUUCCAUACCCCUCAAAAUAAUAAUCAUACUUGUACCAACCAGAUGCAUUCCGGAGACUCUGCUUUUUAAUUAUUCUGCCAGUAUUUAUCAGCCGUUGGAGUAUCUUCAUACCCAAGUGCCUAACUGGAACAUCGAUAUCACAGCCUACGUCCGAAGGCUACAUAUUCUUGGAUGUUAUCUUCAAGAGGACAAUCGGACUUCCAUUCUGGUUAAAGCACUCAACGGAAUAGUCGAAGAAUUGGAUAAUUCGACGGACUUUUCCGUCAUUUUAGGGCCAACUCGGGCGGCGAAUGUCCAUUCGUCAGCGGCUGGAUAG